AUGUUCAGGAAGCUCUUCAACGCGUGUAGUGGUGAAUCAGGGUCCAGAUCGUCGACUUCCCCAGAACUGCAGAAGGUGGGCCUCGUUGCCAAGCUCUUCUCUCUAAAAUGGACCCUGAGACAGUUCGUCCUCUCUUAGUUAGCUGAUAUUUCUUUCCUCCAUUGAAAAUGGAUGUGCCUGUGGCUCAAUUCCUUAUUUUGUGGUAGCGCAUUGCCCGUUCCCGUGGAGAAAAAUGUUCAUGGAUGGUUAGUGAGGGUUUAUGAUGUUUAGCAACAUUGAAUAACUCUUCUCUGCUUGUUGUCGUCGGGGAAAGAGGGCUCCAGUAAGGUUAAAGUUCUAGCCGUAAGACUAGCUUGCUUUCUUUUCUUGUUUUUUCAGGGGCGAGUAGUGGUGUCCUGGACCAGUCUAGGGCUUUAAUGAAAUCAGUGGCCACUGUUCAUUCUUAAGUGUUUUAGCAUCCUUUUGGGCCGCAUUUGUUUGCAAAUUAUUUGUGUAUUUUUGGUUAUUAGGCAAAAGUGUUCAGAGUUUAUUUUGGGUUCUUAUUUGAUUGUUUUGCUUUUUUAAGGGUUACCCUGUUGAAAAAAUUCCUAGUUUUUUAUGUGAUUCUGGAUCCUACUUACUGAGCACAGCCAAUGCCAACCAUAUCUCUCUGACAAUACGAAUGUCUUGCAAAUGAUGAUUAAAAGGGCAGUAAAAAGAUAAUGUCAUAUCAUGCAACCUUAUUUAUGCGAACGAGAGUGGAGUACAGACAGAAAUGUAAAAUCGCCAAAGAUAUCCAUUGAAUAAUAUCAAUCCCUGGGCUAGUUAACUCUCUUAAAAUUUCGAAGUAUUAGUCUAUAAGCCGCUGUUUUGUAGUUUCUAACAAAGAUCUUGACUCACAAGUUCGAGGCCCAAGGCUCAAGCCUCCUCAGCUUAGUCCAAAGUUCAAUGAGAUACAAACUGAACUCCCUAUAUUUCUUUUAAAUACGUCAAAAAUGACAUCGAGGGACUUCAAUGUUCACUUGUACAUGAUGUCGAUCAGGUGGGAUAAUGAGUUGAAAACAGAAACAGGAUUGGUUCAAUUCUCUAGUAUUUGAGCUCCUCAAAUAGUGGGAGGUGCUGAAGUAUUGUGGGUACUAGAAGGAUGACAGUAGUGAUUAAAGCAUCAUGAAAUGGAUAACUUAAAGAGUUUCAUCUGUACAAAGCAUAUGACUUCAAGUAAACUAUAACGAUCUUCUCUCUUGUAUUUAAGCUCUUUUUUGACUUUGCUAGUGAUCAUUUUUCCUGCAAGAAUUUUGAAAUAGCUUUAAGUAAUAAUCACGGAAAGUGUGAAGUAAAAAGAGCGUCAAGAGGAAAAAAGUAAGCAGAAGCAUUAGAAGAAAGGGUAAGAAGAAUCAUAAAAAGUAUCCAUUGGUCCGAAAUCUAAAAUCUUUGACCUGUUCAGUAGGGCAUGAUUUAUGGUCGCAAUCCUUGCUCGCUGUACGUUGCUCCAGCAAUUUUUUGUGGUGACACAAUUGGUCAAGAAUCAGGUAGGAUUCCCAAGAAAUUGUCCGAAUCAGUUAGAUUGAUAAAGUUUCUGCUUUUCUUUUGUAGCAAUGAGUUAGGUGCUUUUUUCCAGAAGCAGGUCAGAACUCAUCUGAUCGCUGAUUUUUAUAGGCACUGGUAUAUUAAUGGGAAUUGUGUCCGGUGCCAAUUGUAUCUAUCGGAUGCUUGGUCUGUCUCCUCUUCUUAAAAUGUUGUUCAGAUGUUUAUGACAUAAAUUAUUCUUGGCCACAGAAAAAAAAAGAAUAGUAUAAUGUGGCCCUCAUUGCCUCAGUUUUUUAAUCUCUGUCAAACUAUCAUUUUGAAGUUCCAUGAAGAUCCACCAUAUAUCUUAUUUAGAAACUAUAAAUUUGCAUUCGUGCAAACCAUUGAUUUCAUUUUUGCCCUUUUAAAUUACUUUUUGAGUAGCAGUUUCUCUUCGCAAGAAUAUCAACCACCAGUUAGUUCUUGGAACAUAAUGCAGAGAGUGAAUUAUCAAGCUCAACUCUCUUGAUGUCACGACAGAAAACCGUCACUUUCAUUUGGUCUUUUAAAUUUAAUUCUCAUCGGUAGUUGCUCACUUGCUAUUCACAUAUAUAUCCAGCUUAUGUCAAUGGUUGGAAUGUUAUAUAGAGAGUGUGAUAUCAACUGGUAAAUCGAAGCUUAUCACUCUUUGGAUGCUGCAUGAAAGUAUCUUUUGGAUUCUCAAUAUUUUAAAAGAUUCACUUAUUUUCCAGACGAUUCUCUCUCAAGAAUGAUCUUUUUACAUUGAGAAAUGAUAAUCAUCGUUUGUUUCCACAUUCAGGAGAACUGUGAUAGUACUCUCAUUCUAUGUUAUGUACAUGAAGGUGAAGUAUGAUCAAAUCUAGAACUCUAUGCCUUUACACCAGAAGGCCAAUGUCUUAAGGAAUUUUAGAUGUUGAAUAUUUUCUCAACUCCGUAGAAUCGUCAUGUCAGAGUCCAAGGGAUUUAUUAUGAAAACGAUUGUGGAUGAAGAUGAGAAAUAGUAGAUGACUUCAUAUUUAAUGUAAAAGUUGGACUUGAGCAGUUUAUUUUGGAUCUCUUACGAUGUUUAGUGGUCUUUUUGAUGCGGGCUAUUUUAAGGAUCACAUCAAGGGUUUCUCACGUACACUAGUUGUUGUUGCUCGUGUGACUUGAGAGGCUCUGAUAAUUGAGGCAUUUAGGAGUUGAGAAGGAAGGUAGCGAGAGAUUUGCCUCCCUAAUUAGGCCUUGAAAUAUAUUGAAAAAUGGAGGUGGCGCAUCCCAGGCUGGCAUUAAUGGAAGAUGUGACCCAAAAAAAGACCAGAACAUUUACAAGGAGUGUUUGACAGAGCAGGCCAAAGCUAUGUGACUAAAAAGUCAACGGAGGACGACAUGUGGUUCCACUGUCCUUCCCAUGAGCAAUUUCAUAGUGAUCCUUGUGUAAUCAGAGAUGAUAUUGGUCUUCUGCUCGCACGGUGGUUCACCAGGUCCGUGGGAGACCUUGGUUUGUGCGGGCCAUGAAAAAUCAGAAGGUCGACCCAGACCUCUCCUACACGUUUCAAAGGGCCUCAACACGACAAGUGGAGCCAUUGAAGGAGAUAUUUAUCUUCGUUCAGGUGAUAAAAUAGCAAAUAUGUUCACCCAAUUACACUGUAGGGACCUUUUCACUCCAGCUUUGUGCAGUUUGAGUAUGAACAUCUGGGCCAGGUGAUGCAUACCUGAGUCCUUACGUUGUAGUUGUCUACCAGGGUACAUUUUCUGUGCAGAUAUGUGCCUUAAUCAUCAGAUAGUAUUUGUAUUUCAACUCUAAGUCGUACUCUUACUAAAUAGAUCAUGAGGUAGUUGCUGAUCUGAUGAAACUAAAUCUCCACCUUCUAAUACUCUAGAAAAUGCAGAUAUCUCUUGCUCAACGUACUGAACUUUGUGCAGAGGUUUCUCUUCUUCAUCCUUCUUCUACCUGUAAUUUUUUUCAUCUGAAAGCAUUAAUAGGAAAGAAUGUGCGUUCACCUGCAUCUUUCAGGGGCAUGAAUGACAUUUCACUUCAUUAUGAUUCUAGCUAUUCUCUCAUGAGUGACAUUGAAGUUCGGCUGAUUUACAAGUAAUCUGAACUCGGAGGCCUUGACCUUCCUCGAGAUUAAUAUUCUAGGAUUGUCUCGUUUUCCAAUCCAAAUAAAAAUGGCUUCCAAUCAGUCACCUCUUUGCGUUGACCAGAAGAUAAUGGUGAUGCUGAAGGUCAACUCUGGAGAAAUGCAUCUACAUUUCUCUAACGUGAAUUGAUAGACUAAUUUUUGUGCGAACCAAGUCACCUUUCUAACUAAACUUUUGAAUUAAGGCUGUGUAUUAUUCUUUCAGUAUGACUCACCUCCAGUAUGCUUCCUGUGUAAUGAUAUCUUCGCUUCCCAGACUCUGGAGAUGCUCGAGGGGAAGGAGGCUGCACUGCAGCAGAAGAUUUCGAUAGAAGUUGAGAGGGCAAAGGAAUUCACCAAGGCAAACAACAAACAAGGUUGAGACAGGCCCGCCCAUAUCUAGAUAGACAGUUCCACUUUUAGCUCUACUCCGCUUCUAUCUAUCUGUUUGCAUGGUUUAGGUUUUGCAUGAAGAGACACUUGGCAGACUGCCUGCAUUGCCACUUUCCUCUGGGAAUGGUACAUCGCAUAGUGAGGGCCCUGCUGAAGGAUCAUGGAUCUUACCUUUUGCUCAUAUAAUGAGCUUUUUUUCUGUUUCAGGAAGUUAUCUUGCCCAGUUUAAAGAUUUUUCUCCAAAUUUGGACAUAAAAUUGAUAUUUCUUAGAUUUUAUUCAUGUUUUUCCCUACAUAUCACAAAUUGGCAGCUCCCAACGUAGGAUAAUAUCUCACCACCUUUACUUGGCCAUUAAUGGUAUAAUAUCUUAUGACUUUGACUUUGACUUUGACUUUAACCAAAAGGAAAAUGCUGCUACAUUUGGUCGUCAUAAAGCAUUACAUAUUCUACCUUCCCUGUAGCUGCAUUGCAGUGCCUGAAGAGGAAGAGGUUCUAUGAAGGGCAGGUGGAGCAGAUUUGGGACUUCCAGUUGCGGAUACAUGACCAGGUAAUUUUCCCUAGAGAUGUCUUCUCUUGCCUUUUCACCAGUCAACUCUCUCUUUCUUACUCCCUGCGUAUGCCUAGACAUAGUCUGUGA